AUGGCUCAAAUACGACUGUGGGUCCCCGUGCUGGUAUUUCUGCUGCAUUUGACCUUUGAAAUGCCGAUACCACUCACAGUGACCAGACAACUGCUGCAAUCGUGGGGGGCCCACCACACAUAUAAUAAGUGGAUUCAAGUUGCUGAGAUGGUUGUGUUCUCUGCAAAUCGGACCAAUUGUGCCGUCUGCACUCUGGCCCCUGUAGAUGCUCUGGGAGGAAUGCCACUACUCCCUGUGCCUUGGAAUGAAUCCUUGGUUACAACUCCACUUGUUGUCUUCCAGCGUCUGGGCAACCAUUCUUCUUUAUGGAAUCAUUCCGUCCCUUUCCAGGUUCACAGGAUCACUGGCUGCCUUUGUGUCAACAAAUCAAAUGACGCCAGUGACGCUCAGACCUAUGUGGGCACUUCCCACUGCAAUCGUACCUUCCCAGCCCCACCUAACAUGCCUGAGUCCGAGACAGGAACUUUUUCUGGUUCCAAAUUGACUGCAUGCCUGGCCCGCUUGCUGACAGGCACCAUAUCUGCCCAUGGUCAGGACGUUUACUGGGUGUGUGGCAGGAAGGCCUAUCAUGCCCUCCCAAGAGGAUGGUAUGGGGUCUGUUUUCCAGCCUACUUAAUACCCCCCAUGUGGAUUCCUGACCAGAUACCCUCUGCACCCCCUAGAAGGAGGCGUUCGGCUGACCUGGCAACACUUGCAGGUGGCAGCUCCCAGAAUUGGGGCAAAAAUCAGUGGCCUCCGGAAAGGAUACUGGCCCAUUAUGCUCCAGCCUCCUGGAAUCGGGGAGAUUGGGGCAAGGGGGCCAAUCUAUAA